AUGACCAAGCUCCAGACUGGCGUCUCCUACUCCAAGUACAUGAGCCUCUACACAGCGGCAUACAACUGCUACACGUCCUCGCGCGUGCAUAGUACCACUACUGAUUCUGUUGGGCAGGGCAGCCGACGAUCUGACUCCUCAGCAGCAGGGGCUAAUCUAAUGGGCUCGGAUUUGUACAACAACCUCAUACGAUAUUUAUCGCCCAUCUCAAGCUCCUCAAGGAUCAAUCCGAUAGCCUCCAAGAUGAAGCUCUCCUAUGGUACAACGCCAGUGAAUGGGACAGAUACACUACAGCGAGAACGGGACGAAGGUCGGAAAGGCGUAUAUCCUGUAUACACGCUCGCGCUCGUGCAGUGGAAAUCGAAUUUCUUCCUCCACGUCCAGAGCAAACACACAAAGCUCGCUGGUGCCAUCCUCAGAUUGAUUGAGCACCAAAGAAAAUGGCGAGACGAUCGAUCAAGGGAGCAUCUGGAGACACCGUUCCUUGACGCAACGGAAAAGUACUACGAGCAGGAGUCCGAGGCAUUCCUCGCAGAAAGCAGUAUGCGCCUGAAGGAGGAAGAGGACAGCGUGGACCGAUACCUAAACGCUGAUACACGGAAGCAGCUCGUCAGCAAAUGUGAGCAUGUGCUGAUCCGACAACACUCUGACUGGGAGAGCUUCCAAAGCUUGCUCGAUUUUGACAAAGACGAAGACCUGCAGAGGAUGUACGCAUUGUUUAUCGCGCAUACCCGAAGGCCUGGAGCCUUUGAGAAAGAAUUUGAGGAACAUGUGAAGAAGUCCUGUCUGGCUGCUGUUGCAAAACUGUUGGGCGAAGGAUCAGAGGGUGCAGAUUCAUUGGAUCCCAAAGCAUACGUCGACGCAUUGCUUGAGAUGGUACUUUUCAAGUACAUCGAGGACAAGGACGUCUUCCAGACGUUCUACGCUACGAAAUUGUCUAAGCGCCUCAUUCACGGUGUAUCUGCAUCGGACGAAUUCGAGGCGAGCAUGAUCUCCAAGCUGAAGGAGGCUUGUGGUUUCGAGUACACCAACAAGUUGCAGAGAAUGUUCACAGACAUGAGUCUCAGUAAAGACCUCACUGAUCAGUUCCAGGAGCGUAUGCAGAACCACGAGGAUAUGGACAUCAACUUCUCCAUCAUGGUUCUCGGCACGAACUUCUGGCCGCUCAGCGCACCCAAUAACGACUUCAUCAUUCCUCCCGAAAUUCUUGCUACAUACGGCCGUUUCUCCAAGUACUACCAGACGAAGCAUUCUGGCCGCAAGAAUCAACUCCCGACUCCCAAUCAUGCCCAUUACUCGUCGUAUGCGGAAAGCUCCAUAAUUCCGACCGCCAACCUGAUGCUCAACUAUAUUCUCAAACCUGUCCGUCACGAAUCAUUUUACAAGAAAUACGCUGGCAAGCGAUUCAUGAAGGUGAGCAUACUGGUACGAGAGUGGGCUCUGGAGCGGUGGGAAGAGGGCGAGCAGGUGUCUCUUUUGGAUGAGUUGCCAGCUAUUCGUGCAAAGAAUCGGGCGGAAAGGGAGCGGCUAGCAGCAGCAGGCAUGGACGGCGACGAGGAUUUCAAAGAUGAAAACUCAUAG